CUGGCUGGCAUAACCAAUUUUAAAAUUUGAUAGCUGAAUUUAUAAAUAAACAAAUUAUUAUUUUCCUAUCUCUGCAAAGUACAAACUUGAGUUAAGUCCCACCGGAUAAGAUGAGCAGUGCGGAGGAGCAAUUGGAAUAUGUGAAGUCGCACAUUAGCACGUAUCCCGACUUUCCGAAAAAGGGCAUUAUAUUCCGCGACAUAUUUGGCGCGUUAACGGAUGGAAAAGCGUGUCGCUAUUUGCGGGACCUGCUCGUCCAACAUAUACGAUCCCAGCAUCCAGAUGUCGAGCUGAUUGUGGGUCUAGACUCGCGCGGAUUCCUCCUAAAUCUGCUGCUGGCCACCGAACUGGGCAUCGGCUGUGCGCCCAUUCGAAAGAAGGGAAAGCUGGCGGGGGAGCUGGUGGGCGUGGAAUACAAACUGGAAUAUGGCAGCGACAUUUUCGAGAUGCAACGGUCGGCCAUCAAGCCCGGCCAAAAGGUAAUUAUUGUCGACGACUUGCUGGCCACCGGCGGAUCUCUAGCCGCAGCCACUCAACUGGUGCGGAAACUGGGGGGCGUUAUACUCGAGAGUGUUGUCGUCAUUGAGCUUCAGGAGCUGCAGGGUCGCCAGAAACUGGACUGCAAUGUACAUUCCUUAAUACAAUAUUAGCAUGCAUGCAAGCGAGUUUCCAUCCGUGGCAUUUAACAGUGAACUUUUAUAUGCAAUAGUUAGGAGAAAUACUUCAAAUUAUACAAAUGUUUUAAACAAAAACUGGAUCUUCAAUGCAAAAUAUAUUCGUAAUGGUUGUCGUAACUAACUUUGAGGAAAUAAAUAACAAAAUAUUCUCAUACACACUUAAA